AUGGACCCUCGACAAAGUCGCAAUGUUCCUAAAUAUGGCGCCUGGUCAGAGAACCCCCAAAUAUCAGGACUUACACCCCUCGCCCCUCUUUUCCCCAAACCAAACAUGGAUCCUGAAGAAAUUGUUCUCCGGAAUCGAAUUGAAGAUUUCCAACGAGAGCAAUUUGAUGGAUUCACCGCUCGGGAAUUGGCGGAUAUGGAUGUUAUCACUGACAGGCAAUUGAAAGAGUCUACUCUGGAUAAUCCCAUCAUGCCGCUUUUUCAACAGCAGAGAUGGGAAAUACAACCUCAUCAGCCGGAUUUGACGAGAGAUCAUAUGUAUCCGCUGAUAAUCGAUGGGGUGCAGAGGGGCGAUUGGUCAAUGCAUAAUCCGUUGGUGUAUGAGAAAAUGAAGCCGGUUUUGCAAUUGGCGAGUAGGACUAUAAUGAGCAUGUAUACAUUACCGUGGUUCGCAGCUCUGAUAUUCGGUCAAAGAGUUCCGAUAAAUCUAGCGAGGAUUCGUCCAAAAGAUGAAGUGCCGGAUAAUUUGGUCGCAUUUUUGCCAUACCAUAUCACAGAUUACAGUGUCAUUCGAAAGAAAAUGGAGCAGGUAUUCGAAGAUCUAGAAAAGAACUGGAACUGCAAAUUCGGCUUCAUGUCACCCGAUGAAGAUCCUCGCGGUCCAGAAUAUCCCAUUGAUCCAGAAGACGAGCUUCCAGAUAGUGUAUAUGGGCUUACCGUAACAAAUUAUCAAUACAUGGAGUAUCACGAAGCGGAAGAUAAAGAAUGGCAGAUUUAUGUAUGGCUUGCUUAUUCGAGGUUACAAUCAUUGUUUAGAAAUGAUCUGACUACUUCGGAGAGGAAAAUGGUGGAAUGGGCUACUGCUAUUACGCUUGUGCAUGAGAUUAUUCAUGCGAUUAAUUUUGUUUGCCCGAGGAUUGAUGGGACGAGAGUGCAGAAUCCGGAUGAUGAGAAUCCGCCGUGGUUUUUUGAUGAGGAACCGUUGGCUGAAGCGGGGUUUAGCUUUGAGGUUGCUUUGAAUGGCGGGACAGUCCGUUCUUUUACGACGGCGGUAAAAGGGAUGCCAUAUGGGCAUUGGUUUGAGACGGUGUGGCCGUCGGUAGAGAGUCAGGAUCUUUGUGGUUCGAAGAGUAUCACGUUAAUGAACCCCGGACCUUUUGAUUACCAAGAAAAAUUCCCAAUACCAGCUUCUUUCUAUGAAGACAUGCAGCAAAGAGAGUUUUGGGAUUAUACGGUACAUAGAUUCGGACACAAAUUAUUUCACUACCGAUCAAUCAACCAUGGCGUUCGUCUCAACUUCAACAUCUAUACAAAGAACCGAACGCCGAUAAAAUUUAGAGAUAUAUCAACUAUACGUAUAGGUCCGGUUACUCCUGAACUAGGCCAUGAUAAUCAAAUCCUGAGAGAGAGAUGGAAAAGUGUCCAUGCAAUAUUGGGUGCGCAAGGCGAAACCGAAGAGGGCAAAAUCGCUUUAAGGUUCGGAAUGUCCCUAUUGCAAAGUUCCAAAAUCGAGAGGUCGUUCUGGACGUAUGAAGAAACGCAGCGGAGAGGUGUCGCUGCGAUAUUUGAACAUCUCAGUAAACAGAGCGUCUCGGAAGAAGAACGACUCUCUGAUUUUACGCACUUGAUUGGAUUUAUGUGGACGAUUGUCCAGAAUCACAAAAUUAAAAUCGACGCUCUCUUAAAAUCAGGUCAAGCUGAUAUUCCGCAAAUCCAGGUUCCUUCGGAAGAACGUCGAAGAGCUUUACUUGCGUGGAAUAGAGGAACAUCCAUUUUUGUAAAUCAAUGUUUGAAAGAAUUUCCCAACGCUUCAGAAGAUCACAGAUUCCAACUUUCGACUCUGAGACUGAGUCUCGAGAUCCUGCGCUUGCAGCUCUUUUCUCCGAACCUCCGCGUCGAGACGAUUAAAUCUGGACCUAAUUUCAUAGAGCUGGCUUUGUUACUCCAUCUGCAGGUUGCAUUUCUCAAAGGUGAUAGGGUUUUGUGUCGGGAUCAUGUGAAGAAGAUUAGGGAGAUAGAGGGAUGUUCAAUCUUUGCAUUUUUGUGUACGUUGUGGAUAGAUACGGUUAUCUAUGAGGGAUCUGAGACGGAUUUGGAGAGGGUAAAGGGUAUGAGAGAAUUUGAGGCGAUGGGAAAGUGGUGGAGAGAGUUAUCGGAGAAGAGUAGUGAGGGAGAGUGGAAGGAGAUGUUUAGGAUUUGGGAGGAGGUGAGGAAGGAUGCGGAGCGGACACUUAGGAGCGCGCAUCAUAUGUAG